AGGUGUUGACAUCAGAGGAAAAGUCGCGGGGAUUAAAUUUAUGAUCCAAUGUAAAAACUGGAAAUUAAGAAUAGGUCGCUCCGUUGUCUACGAAUUAGAAGGGGUGCUCACCCGACAACCAAUCGGGACUAUCGGUGUCGUGGUGAGUCCUUUCAAAAACAAAUUUUCUCCUGGAGCGCUAGAAGCAGUUAGAACCUCGGUAUAUGAUAUUAUCCUCACGGAUAAAGAUAAUAUUUGUAAAGAUCUUAUAGACUUUGUCACU